UCCAGCUGGGGUACAGUACGGAGUAAGGACAGACACUGACCACUGGUCAGAUAUAGAUAGACAGAUAGAUAGAUAGAUACUUUAUUGAUCCCCAAGGGGAAAUUCAAGAAUAUACCAAGACAGACACUGACCACUGGUCAGACACAUCAAGACAGGGACUAACCACUGGUCAGAUAUAUCAAGACAGGGACUAACCACUGGUCAGAUAUACCAAGACAGGGACUAAUCACUGGUCAGAUACACAGUACCAAGAAGAUCCUAACUGUAAUCCGGAUACAUCAAGUAAGAUGGUGCGUAAGUCCAUAGUGGUGGGCCUGCUGGUGCUGCUGGUGGCGGCCGUGGGGACGUUUGUGGGCGUGUUCUUCGGGGUCGGGAAUAGGACGACCACGACCGACCAGAAGGGCCACUUCAGGGCUGCAGUGGCCGCUGAUGCUGGACCCUGCUCGGAGAUAGGCAGGGAUAUUCUGAAGAGGGGCGGUUCUGCGGUGGACUCUGCCAUUGCUGGGUUGCUGUGUGUGGGCAUGAUGAACGCCCACAGCAUGGGCAUCGGCGGAGGCCUCUUCCUCACCAUCUACGACGCCCGCACAGGGAAAGUGGAGACCAUCAACGCCCGGGAGUCGGCCCCAGCCAGUGCUUCUCAGGACAUGUUUGGGAACGACACGCAGUUGUCACGCACAGGUGGGCUGGCCAUAGCAGUGCCAGGAGAGAUCCGUGGCUACGAGCUGGCACACAAGCGGCACGGCAGGCUAGAGUGGAAGGAGCUGUUCCUGCCCAGCAUACGGUUGGCACGGGAAGGGUUUCCUCUGGGCAGUGCCCUGGCGAAGGCCAUCAACAGCUACAGGAAAACAAUCACCAGCGAUAAGGCCUUAUGUGAAGUGUUCUGUGACCCGGAGGGCAAUAUUCUGAAAGAGAACAGCACCAUCUACUUCCACAAGCUGGCCGACACCUACGAAGCCAUAGCCAAUGAGGGCCCAGAUGCUUUCUACAAGGGGCCAAUAGCAGAGAAGAUGGUGCAGGACAUCCAGGCUGCAGGUGGCAUCGUCACGCUGCAGGACCUGCAGAGCUACAGUGCCAGUCUGGAGGAGGCGCUGUGUGUGGGUCUGGGGGAGUACCGUCUGUGUGCCCCCCACGCCCCCGCCAGUGGCCCCGUGCUGGCGCUCAUCCUCAACAUCCUCAAAGGUUACAAGUUCGGACCGGACAGCGUCUCUUCGCUGGAGAAGAAGGUGCUCACCUAUCACCGUAUCGUCGAGGCCUUCCGCUUCGCCUACGCCAAGAGAAGUGUGCUCGGAGACCCUCACUUCGUCAACAUUACCUCUUUUGUCAAGAACAUCACCUCAGAUGAUCUGGCCGAGCUGUUCCGCAGUCACAUCACUGACAGCACCACCCACCCCAUGGCGUACUACGAGCCCGAGUACUUCGUCCCCGACAACCACGGCACCGCCCACCUGUCCGUCAUGGCCGAGGAUGGCAGUGCGGUGGCCGCCACCAGCACCAUCAACACCCAUUUUGGAUCUAAAGUCAUGUCCAACUCAACUGGCAUCCUCUUAAACAACGAAAUGGACGAUUUCAGCUCCCCCUUCAUAACAAAUGCAUUUGGAGUGCCCCCCUCCCCAAAUAAUUUCAUCCGACCAGGCAAGAGGCCGUUGUCGUCAAUGGUUCCUACAAUCAUCCUGGACAAGGACAAUAAAGUGAAAAUGGUUGUUGGAGGCUCUGGUGGGACCAAGAUCACCACUGCGACCGCUUCAGUUAUCCUCCAUGCUCUUUUCUUCGACUAUGACCUGAAGAGAGCAAUAGUGGAGCCUCGCAUUCACAACCAGCUCGCUCCCAACACCACGUAUGGAGAGAUGGACUUUGACCCGGCCAUUCUGGAAGGCUUGAAGCAGAAGAACCAUGAAACGGCCUUGCUGACGUCAGUGGCAGCGGUAGUACAGGGGGUGAUGAGAGAGGGCGACGGGAUAGUCGCCGAAUCAGACCCCAGAAAAGGAGGAUAUGCUGCAGGAUACUGAUAUAAACACACAUGCUUACACACACACACACACACACACACACACAUACACACACACACACACACACACACACACACACACAUACACACACACACACACGUUAAACCCACACAAACACAGCCAUACACAUACACAAACACACAAGUUAAAACAACACAAACACAGACAUACACAUACUGUACACACACACAUACAAAUACAUACAAACAGAAACCCACACACAAACACAGACACACACACAUACAAACACGCAUAAACACACACACACGCACACACGCAUGAGCACGAGCACGCGCACACGCAUUCACACACGCACAUUCAUCAUAAUUUAUAUAUUUAUAAGAGAAAGCGUCUGGAACAUUUGUGAUGGAUUCCAAAACGUGUGCAUUUUUGUUAAACUCAGGGAAGACAGUAGAUGCACCUCACUGCAUUUUCUUUCUAACAAUGUAUGUAGGAUGUUAUGAAACAAGACAAUGCCACACUGCAAUGCAGAAUCCUACGAGCUGUUCCUCUUUUUGUUUGAUGUAUGGAUGGUCAACAGAUUUAUGUGUGCCCAAACUGAUUGUAAAUAUUGUAUUGUAAUUAUGUCAAUUAAUGAAUUGUACUGUGCUAUUUCUCUACAUACUGUAUGUCUUGCCAUUUCAUUCUUGACUUCAUCCUUUGAUCCCAUAUACUGUAUGUGAAUGCUUUGAUAAGGCUUCAAAGACAAGUGGUCUUUGGAGAAUCUCAUGGCCUUUAAACUUCUAUUUUGUUUUUAAAUUGUUAUACUGAGCACAAAUCCUUUUACUGCACUUUUAAGAUGUCCACGGUAUUGUAUUUAUUCUUUGAAUGGCAAGCAGACUCUUUACUGUGCUAAGUAAAAGAUGCCUGUUGUUGCUGUUGUGCUUUAAAAUUGUCGUUAUGAUAUUAUCAUUGUUUUGCUUCCUUC